AUGGCCCUUACACACGAAGAAGCCGCGCUGGUCGACACAGCCACAGCAACCAUCAACAGCAUUUCCAUCUCAGAGGACCACAGUGUCGCGAGCGCAGCCAUGGCCUCCGACGGCCGCAUCUUCACCGGCGUCAACGUGUACCAUUUCACCGGCGGCCCUUGUGCAGAGCUCGUGGUGCUGGGCGUUGCAGCUGCAGCAGGAGCCACGCGAUUGACGCACAUCGUCGCGGUCGGGAACAAUCAUCGCGGAAUUUUGAGUCCAUGUGGUCGGUGUCGACAAGUUCUACUCGAUCUGCAGCCGGAGAUUCGGGUCAUUGUUGGCCAGAAAGAUAACGAGAGAUGUGUGCCCAUCGCAGAGCUGAUGCCUUGCUCGUACCUUUACGCCGCAUAG